AUGCCCGGAAUCCAAUUCAAUGAUAUUGUUACACGUAAGCAGCAGCAUCGCGCUUCACUCAUCCCAGAGCAGUGGAGGAUCAAAGUCUCAAAUCCACAGGCUGAAUAUUCCCCUCUCAAAGAACUGCUUGGUAGCAAUAUAUUGACGUCAAUGGAACUUGAUCUGACUGAUUGUACCAAGCAUGAUGCUGUUGGGAUCCUCAGCCUCCUUGCCACUGGUGGUAUUACAGCCAAAAGUUUGAUCACGUCUUUCUGCAAGAGGGCUGCGGCUGCGCACAGCCUGACCAAUUUCAUCACUGAGGUGAACUUUGACCAGGCUAUCCGUCGCGCUGUAGAGCUUGACGAGCAUCUCAAACGCACCAGCACCCCAAUCGGGCCGCUGCAUGGUCUUCCCAUCACUGUCAAAGACCACAUGGACGUUGAGGGACAUGACUCAUCUGCCGGAAUUGCGGCUUGGUGCUUCAGCCCAGCAGAGUCCAACUCGCACCUUGUUCAAAUCAUGGUUGACGCUGGCGCUGUCAUCAUAGCCAAGACCAAUGUACCCCAGACAUGCCUGGCCGCUGAUACCAUCAACGUUGUGUUCGGAAGAACGCUUAAUGCACACAAGAGCGGGUUCGGAGCCGGCGGGUCGUCUGGCGGAGAGGGCACUUCCCUUGCUAUGGGCGCAUCGAUCCUUGGGCUGGGGUCAGACGGCGCUGGAUCUGCUAGAAUGCCAGCAAUGGCGAAUGGAGUCAUUGGUUAUCGACCAAGUGGCUAUCGUCUCCCCGCUGAUGGGAGAUCCAUUCUCGACCCAGGCAUGAUCGGCAUCACACAAUUGGGACCCGUUGCAACAUUUGGCUUCAUGGGUCAUUCAGUUCGAGACAUUCGACUUGUAUCCAAAGUGGUCAGCGACGCAAAACCAUGGGACAAGGACCCCUUUCUGUAUCCGUCACCCUGGUUGAACAUUCUGGCGCCCGCUAGGCCCCGUAUUGGAGUAUGGACCCUGGAGACGAGAAACAACUAUCUUCAUCUAUUCCCUCCCGUCAGGCGGGGCUACAUAGCAGCACAGGAACGGCUGCGCCAAGCGGGCUACGAGCUCAUCGAGUUCCAGCCACCAGAUAUGGCCGAGGUCUGGGACCUUUGUAAAGCCUUUAUCCACGUUCAGGGACUCUCCGUUUUGAAGGGGCAUAUAGAAAAAGAACCCAUCACCAAGGUUGUGAAAGAUACAGGCAUCUUGACGUCCCGAUGGCCCACAGGACUCAAACUUGAUGACAUCCACAGACUCAACCAGAGACUUGCAAGGCUAAACGUCCAGAUGAAACAGGCUUGGAACGCGACCGGUCAUGCUCUUGAUGCCCUGCUUUGGGUCACCAGCCCCAACACAGCUCUGCCAGUCGAUGAAUGGAGAGAUACAACCUUUACGACUAUAUUCAACGCCGUCGAUUGGCCCGCCAUCUCUCUGCCUCUGGGCAUGAGCUGUGAUAAGGAUGUUGAUGUUCCGUACAUAAACUUCGAACCAUUUGGAACUGAAGACAGCCGGCUUAAUUCUCUCUAUGAUCCCGAGCAUUUUCAUGGGCUUCCAUUAUCUGUGCAGUUAGCAGGUCAGAAGUUCGAGGAUGAAAAGCUUCUAGCUAUUGCAGAACUUAUUCAUCCGAUUAUGAGGGGUGAUAGUUAAUGUUAGUUCG